UACCCUGUAUACCCCUAUAUAUCCUGUCUUACCCAUGUUUACCCUAGUAAUACACCUUUUAUACCCUUUUGUAUCCUGUUUACAUGUUUACCCUAGUAAUACUGUAUACCCUAUUAUAUAUCCUGUUUACCCAUGUUAACGCUAUGCAACAACAACAACAAGUUUAUUCAGUAUUACCAUUUUGUACAGGUGUUACCGAUUAAAAUAACAAUAAUAAACAGCUAAGUUUAAGGAAAUACAGGUAUGAUGGAAUAGUAGAAUUAACUAUGUUUCUUUCGUCUUUCAAAUGCUUGAAAGAUGAAAUUAGCAGCUAGCCUGCUGAUAUGUGAAUCAGUAUUGUUAAAAAGAAAACAGACUUUAUCAUCGAUAUUGUAAUGUGUAAAUAAUGUAUUUCGGUCGUUGAUUUUAAUAAAAAGAGUCUUUCUCAAAUCAUUGUAUAGAUCACAGUGAAAUAAUAUGUGCAGUUCAUUUUCAACCGAAUUUUGGCUGCAUGAUCACAGAUUCUAAGGUCUUCAGGAGUUUUGGGGAUUGUAAAUCUUCCAGUUUCUAUUUUUAAAUUAUGAUUUCCUAUCCUAAAUUUGGAAGCUACACGCCUAUGCUCAGGAUUCCGGAUAUGAUUGAUGAAUUCAGAGUGAUUUGUUUCAUUUUUAAAGAUGAAGUAGAAUUUUAGUUUUUUAUUUGUUCUUAUCAAAUUUAGCUGGUGGUUUUUCAGAUGUUUUGACAAAGUAUUCUCAGCUUUGGAUAGGAAAGUAGAAGGGUUUUUAAAGUUAACUGACUGUUUAUGAAUAUUAAGUAGUGUACUCGAAAGAUUUAUUUUAUUUAUUAGACCUGAUUUAUUUUCUUCGACCAUUUUAUCUGAUAUGUUUAAGAAGAGUUUAGCGAUGCUGUCAGGGGGUUGAUUUUCAAGGUGAAUCCAAAAUUUGAAAAUUUGAAACGCUAGUUAUACUGUAUACCCUUUAUACCCCUAUAUUAUCCUGUCUACCCAUGCUUACUGUAGUAAUAAAAACCCUUGUGUAUCCUGUUUACAUGCAAUAUGCUGUAUACCCUGUAUACCCCUAUUUACACUGUGUACUCAUGUUUACCCUAGUAAUACUGUAUACCUUGUAUACCCUGGUAUAUCCUGUUUACCCAUGUUAACCCUAGUUAUACUGGAUACCCUGUAUACCCCUAUAUAUCCUGUGUACCCAUGUUUACCCCAGUAAUACUGUAUACCUUUCUUGUAUACCCCUAUAUAUCCUGUGUACCCAUUUGAAACGCUAGUUAUACUGUAUAACCUUUAUACCCCUUAUAUCCUGUCUACCCAUGCUUACUGUAGUAAUAAAAACCCUUGUGUAUCCUGUUUACAUGCAAUCCUGUAUACCCUGUAUACCCCUAUUUACACUGUGUACUCAUGUUUACCCUAGUAAUACUGUAUACCUUGUAUACCCUGGUAUAUCCUGUUUACCCAUGUUAACCCUAGUUAUACUGGAUACCCUGUAUACCCCUAUAUAUCCUGUGCACCCAUGUUUACCCUAGUAAUACUGUAUACCUUUCUUGUAUACCCCUAUAUAUCCUGUGUACCCAUUUUUACCCUAGUAAUACUGUAUACCUUCUAUUCCCUGGUAUAUCCUGUUUAUCCAUGUCUACCCUAGUAAUACUGUACACCCUUAAUACCCCUAUAUAUCCUGUGUACCCAUCUUUACCCUAAGUAAUACUGUAUACCUUGUAUACCUUGGUAUAUCCUGUGUACCCAUGUUUAUCCUAGUAAUUAACUGUAACCUUGUAUACCCUGGUAUAUCCUGUGUACCCAUGUUUACCCUAGUAAUACUGUAUACCUUGUAUACCCUGGUAUAUCCUGUUUACCCAUGUUAAACCUAGUUAUACUGGAUAUACCCUGUAUACCCCUAUAUAUCCUGUGUACCCAUUUGAAACGCUAGUAAAUACUGUAUACCCUUUAUACCCCUAUAUAUCCUGUCUACCCAUGCUUACUGUAGUAAUAAAAACCCUUGUGUAUCCUGUUUACAUGCAAUGCUGUAUACCCUGUAUACCGCUAUUUACACUGUGUACUCAUGUUUACCCUAGUAAUACUGUAUACCUUGUAUACCCUGGUAUAUCCUGUUUACCCAUGUUAAACCUAGUUAUACUGGAUACCCUGUAUACCCCUAUAUAUCCUGUGUACCCAUUUGAAACGCUAGUUAUACUGUAUACCCUUUAUACCCCUAUAUAUCCUGUCUACCCAUGCUUACUGUAGUAAUAAAAACCCUUGUGUAUCCUGUUUACAUGCAAUGCUGUAUACCCUGUGUACCGCUAUUUACACUGUGUACUCAUGUUUACCCUAGUAAUACUGUAUACCUUGUAUACCCUGGUAUAUCCUGUUUACCCAUGUUAACCCUAGUUAUACUGGAUACCCUGUAUACCCCUAUAUAUCCUGUGUACCCAUGUUUACCGUAGUAAUACUGUAUACCUUUCUUGUAUACCCCUAUAUAUCCUGUGUACCCAUUUUUACCCUAGUAAUACUGUAUACCUUCUAUUCCCUGGUAUAUCCUAGUUCUGUUUAUCCAUGUCUACCCUAGUAAUACUGUAUACCCUUAAUACCCCUAUAUAUCCUGUGUACCCAUCUUUACCCUAAGUAAUACUGUAUACCUUGUAUACCUUGGUAUAUCCUGUGUACCCAUGUUUAUCCUAGUAAUUAACUGUAACCUUGUAUACCCUGGUAUAUCCUGUGUAUCCAUGUUUACCCUAGUAUUACUGUAUACCUUGUAUACCCUGGUAUAUCCUGUUUACCCAUGUUAAACCUAGUUAUACUGGAUACCCUGUAUACCCCUAUUUAUCCUGUGUACCCAUGUUUACCCAAGUAAUACUGUAUACCUUGUAUACUCCUAUUUAUUAUAUACAUACUGAGAAAUACUCACCAAAAAGCUAUGUCGCAAAUUUUCAUACGCAAAUUAGUUCUAGCCAAUCAGAGGAGCGAAUGAUGGUUUUCACACGUGAAAAAAAAUGAUACGUCCAAUGAGAAUCGCGAACGAUGUUUUUUCACGUGUGAGAAAAAUGAUACGUCCAAUCGGAAGCCACAGAGGUGUUUGAGUUUCGCGCCAAAAUUCCCGCCUUUUAUUGCAGCUGGCAGCGCCGCUUCGCACACAUUCAACGAGAAAAGUUUUACUCAAAGAGUUUUUCUCGCUAAAAAAGUGAAAAACAUUUCGGAAAUGGAGUGGAAUAGUUUUGUUUGUUUCACUGUCGAUAAAGAAAACGGUAGAGGGCUGGCGAAACAACAGCGGAAAGGGAAAAACAGAACAAGACGUAAGCUUUUGUUGUGCUUUUUGUCGGAGCUACUUUGCCUUUCAUUUGAGCUUAAGCUUACAUUGAAACCGGCCAUUUUACUUAAAUUCACUCAUUUUCAAUUGUGCAUUGAGAACAAACAGUUAAGAUUACUUAUAGUUCUUGGAUUAUUUCAUAUCCUCACCGUCAUUUAUGUUUUUAACAAACGUUUUUACUAAAUAGCGGAUACUUCGUUUUCGUUGUCAUUUUGCGGUAAGUGUGUAGCGGCAAAUUUUAGCAUUUUUGAAAGAUUUAAAAUAAAAAGGCUGCCAAAAUGAUGAAUGUCUCAGUAUGUAUAUAAUAAACACAAUACCACAUGGAAAGUACUUUGUACGGUAUUUACGCACUCGUUGUUUUUGUAUCAGAAAUCUGACUCGUUCGCUGCGCUCACUCGUUCGAUUUCUGAUACGUCAACAACUCGUGCGUAAAUACCGUACGCCAGCACUUUCCAUGAAGUAUUCUCUAUAUAUCCUGUGUACCCAUGUUUACCCUAAUAAUACUGUAUACCUUCUAUACCCUGGUAUAUCCUGUUUAUCCAUGUCUACCCUAGUAAUACUGUAUACCCUUAAUACCCCCAUAUAUCCUGUGUACCCAUCUUUACCCUUAGUAAUACUGCAUACCUUGUAUACCUUGGUAUAUCCUGUGUACCUAUGUUUAUCCUAGUAAUACUGUAACCUUGUAUACCCUGGUAUAUCCUGUGUACCCAUGUUUACCCUAGUAAUACUGUGUACCUUAUAUCCCCCUAUAUAUCCUGUGUACCCAUGUUUACCCUAGUAAUACUCUAUACCUUGUAUACCCUGGUAUAUCAUGUUAAAACCCAUGUUUACCCUAUUAAUACUGUAUACCCUGUAUACCCCUAUAUAUCUUGUGAACCAAUGUUUACCCUAGUAAUACUACAUACCCUGUAUACCCCUAUAUAUCCUGUGUACCCAUGUUUACGCUAGUAAUACUGCACCUUGUAAUGCUCUGCGAUAUCAUGAUUACUAAUGUUUACCCUAGUAAUACUGGAUACCCUGUAUACCCCUAUAUAUCCUGUGUAUAGCCAUGUUUACCCUAGUAAUACUGUGUAGCUAAUUGUAUACCCAUGUGUAUCCUUUUUACCUAUAUUUACCCUAGUAAUACUGUAUACCUUGUAUCCCCCUAUAUAUCCUGUGUACCAAUGCUUACCCUAUAUACUUUAUACCCCUAUAUAUCCUGUGUACCCAUGUUCACCCUAGUAAUACUGUGUUUCCCGUAUACCCCUAUUUAUCCUGUGUACCCAUGUUUACCCUAG